AUGGUUCGCAGGGUUGUCCAUCAUGAGGACCUGGGUCGUCGCCGGCAUGAAGGCCCAACGCCUAAGGCGCGCAAGUUGACGCUCUCUUGCUCAAGGUGUCCAGCAUCAAAGCUCAAAUGUGAUCGAAAUGAACCCUGUAAUGAAUGCACCAAGCGGGCCGUUGGGCAUAUGUGUACCAAAGAUGAGCGUCAACCUAGAGCCAAAAGGACGAAGACAGACCCCAGCAACAACACACAAGCGACAGAAGCCACAGAAGCAGAACAUACCGCAGAACUACUUGAAAGCUUCGUUGAAGGGGCUCUUCAAACUCAGGCCCAUGACCUUUCAUCUUCUACCGGGUGUGUAUCUCAGUCGAUGGUUGCCCCUGAUUAUCCCAAUCCUAAGUGGACGCACACCGGUUAUUCUCAGAGAUUAAAGUUGAUGCGAGAUGUCAUUGAUAAGUUGCCUGCGGAGAAUGUCAUUCGCGCUCUCCAUGAAACGUUUCUUACGCGUUGUCAAGCACCACUGGGCAACAUUAUCCAUACACCUGCAUUUGAGCAGCAGGCCCAAUCGCUCUGUGAUUGUCUUAUCCAGGCUUCCCCAGAAGCGCGCUGUAGCUCUGGCGAACAAGUUUACGACAGAUGA